CGUGCUCGCAUCGCGAGUCGCAAACCCCUCGCGGCCGCCGCAGGAAGCGUGGCGAUGGGCGACCACGGCAACGCGAUGACGAGGGGCAACCCGGACGGCGGCUUGCAGGGCCGCCCAAAGGGAGUGCCCCGCGCCAACGUCCAGCAGCUCAAGCUCAUGGGGCAGGGCCACCCUACGGGCCUCACGCCGAACCUGCUCAAGCUGUUCGAGGCGCGGCCUAUGCUCGAGCACAAGCCGCCCGUCCAGAAGCGCAAGUUGCCGGCCUACACGGGGAUGGCGCAGUUUGUGUCGCGGUUUGCCGAGCCUGGCGACCCAGAGUAUGCGCCGCCUGUCCCAACGUGCGAGACUAAGGCCGAAAAGAAGGAUAGAAUCAGGAAACUUAAGCUUGAGCAAGGUGCAGAUAAGGUGGCCAAAGAGCUUCAGAACUAUAACCCACAAAGUGAUCCCAAUACCACUUCAGAUCCGUACAAAACACUCUUCGUUGCAAGACUUAAUUACGAGACAUCUGAGAGUAGGGUUAAGCGGGAGUUUGAAGCCUAUGGGCCUAUUAAAAGGGUACGGCUCGUAACUGACAAGGAUACGAAUAAACCUAGAGGAUAUGCAUUCAUAGAGUAUAUGCAUACUCGGGAUAUGAAAAAUGCUUACAAGCAAGCUGAUGGGAGAAAAGUAGACAAUAAGAGGGUACUAGUUGAUGUGGAACGUGGUAGAACUGUUCCUAAUUGGCGUCCCAGGAGAUUAGGCGGUGGACUUGGAUCAAGCAGAAUUUGUGGUGCAAGUGCUGACCAGAAGCCGCCUGCCAGGGAGGCACCGAGUGUUGGGCGCCCCAGAUCAGAAGAACCUAAGAGGGGUGAUUCCCGUGUAGAUAGGGAUCGGGAGAAGUCUCGUGAAAGGGUACGGGAAAGAGACCUCGAUGAAAAUCCCCGUGAGCGUGAUUCAAGGGAAGAGAGGCACCACCAUAGAGAUCGGGACAGGACUCGGGACAGGGACCGAGGAAGGGACCGGGAAAAAGACCAUGGGCGUGACCGUGACCGUGAUCGUCGGGACAGAGAUAGGGAUAGGGACCGUGGUAGGGAUCACGAUAGGGAGAAGGAUCGUGGUCUCUCUCAUGAUCGUCACCGUGAGAGAGGCAGGGAUCGUGAGAGAGAUGAUGGGCGUGCAAGUUACGAACGUGACCGCGGUCAUUUGAAGGAUAGGGAUGCUGAAUACAAUUGUGAGCCAAAGCAUGACAGGAGCAUGGCUGAUUAUGGGAAGCAUUAUGGCUCUAACCAGCAUGAGCAACACAAAAGUUACGAGUCGUAUCGCUAUCAAGACGGGCAUGGGCAUGGCCAUGAAACUGAAAGCUCAAAGAGACAUGAGCAUGAGUACUAUCAGGCACAACCCAACACAGAACCUGAAGGCCCUGAGGAAGGUGAGGCAUACGAGGAAGGUGACUACCAGUAUCACCAAGCAGCAGAAGAGCAAAAGACUGAAGCUUGAUUACUGCAGUAAGUUUUGUAAACCCAACCCUUUUUCUCUUCUUCCAACGGAGAUGAUAAUAUUCCCCUGUUAAAUCUUCCGGUCAUUUCAGAUGCUUUAAUUUUCGUGGGUGUGCUUUUUCCGAACUGAGGCACAAACAUGUCAACUUGCUGGCUCGGAUAUGUGAUGUCUUGUUUUAUUCCAGUUGUCAUCAGUGCAAUGGGGUCGCAAUCACUCUGUACUCCUUUGUUUUCGCUUUGUAUGACAUACUGUAUUAACUAUUUUGGUUUCCCCUA